UGGCCGGGACGAACGGCUGGCCAUCUUCUCCUGCAGGCCCGGGCAGAUAUUUUCCUGCAGAGGCGGACAAGCGACCCGGGACCCUUAUACAGGAUGCUGUAUGCUUUGCUCCUUUGUGAGUGUCUGUUGCUGAUAGCUGGCUGUGCUCAUGAUGAUGACUGGAUUGACCCCACAGACAUGCUUAACUAUGAUGCUGCUUCAGGGACAAUGAGAAAACCUCAGGUGAAAUAUGAUACUUCAGAGAAAAAGGAUGUCAGUCCUGACUUGGCAUAUGCUGAUGAAAUUUCAGAAUGUUAUCAUAAACUUGAUUCUUUAACUCAUAAGAUUGAUGAGUGUGAAAAGAAAAAGAGGAAAGACUAUGAGAGUCAAAGCAAUCCUGUUUUUAGGAGAUACUUAAAUAAGAUUUUAAUUGAAGCUGGAAAGCUUGGACUUCCUGAUGAAAACAAAGACGCUAUGCAUUAUGAUGCUGAGAUUAUCCUUAAAAGACAAACGUUGUUAGAAAUACAGAAGUUUCUUGGUGGAGAAGACUGGAAACCAGGUGCCUUGGAUGAUGUACUGAGUGAUAUUUUAAUUAAUUUUAAGUUUCAUGAUUUUGAAACAUGGAAGUGGCGAUUUGAAGAUUCCUUUGGAGUGGAUCCGUAUAGUGUGUUAAUGGUACUUCUGUGUCUGCUCUGCAUCGUGGUAUUAGUAGCUACCGAGCUGUGGACAUACGUACGCUGGUACACCCAGUUGAGACGUGUUUUAAUCAUCAGUUUUCUCUUCAGUUUGGGAUGGAAUUGGAUGUAUUUAUAUAAGCUAGCUUUUGCACAGCAUCAGGCCGAAGUUGCCAAGAUGGAGCCAUUAAACAAUGUGUGUGCUGAAAAGAUGGAUUGGACUGGAAGUAUUUGGGAGUGGUUUAGAAGUUCAUGGACCUAUAAGGAUGACCCAUGCCAAAAAUACUAUGAGCUUUUAUUAGUCAACCCUAUUUGGUUGGUCCCACCAACAAAGGCACUGGCAGUUACAUUCACCAACUUUGUAACAGAGCCACUGAAGCACAUUGGAAAAGGAGCUGGUGAAUUUAUUAAAGCGCUCAUGAAGGAGAUUCCAGCGUUACUUCACAUUCCUGUGCUGAUAAUUAUAGCAUUAGCUGUGUUGGGUUUCUGCUAUGGUGCCGGAAAAUCAGUUCAUGUGCUAAGACAUUUAGGUGGUCCUGAGAGAGAACCUCCCCAGGCACUCCAGCCAGCUGACAGAAGAUGGCAGAAGGAAAUUGAUUAUAGACCCCAUGGUGGAGCAGGUGAUGCAGAUUUCUAUUAUAGGGGCCAAAUUGAGCAAGGCCCUUAUGACAAAACAUUUGAGGGUAGAAGAGAUGUUUUGAGAGAGAGAGAUGUUGACUUGAGAUUUCAGACUGGCAACAAGAGCCCUGAAGUGCUCCGGGCAUUUGAUUUACCAGACGCAGAGGCACGAGAGCAUCCCGAGGUGGUACCCAGUCCUAAAUCACCUAUUUUGGAUACAAAGCCCAAAGAGAUUGGUGAAAUCCCAGGAGAAAGCACACCGACUGAAAGCAGCAAGUCUGCUAAGCCUGUCUCUGACCAGGAGGUAUCAGGGAAUAUGGAAGGUUCACCCGCAGUGGAAAAGGCCCAGCUCAAGACUGAAGCCAAAGGCAGCCCAGACGAAGGCGGCCCUCACAGCUCAGCAAGAACUGCUGCUGGGCCAUGUGGCAAGGAUCCGGUCGGCAGCCCCUGUGGCUAGAGGAACACAGACACGCGUGACAGCUCUAAAGUCUUUGGAUUUUGUAAAGUAUACUCCUAACAACUCUAUUCACUCUUCUUUAUGAAUAUUCUGAUAUUUACUACAAAGGUGCCAACUUAAACAUUAACAUUUUUACUGACAAUCUGAAUUAACAAACACAUGUAUGUAUAUACAAGCUUUUGUUUAAUUCCAUCUUCUCUUUGAUAUAUACAUCUCAUAAAGUUUUGAAAUGUUAAUUUUAGAAAGUGGUCUCAUAGAAUAUAUAUUUUAAGAUGAACAUAUGGCACACUUCACUGAGUCUGGAUAGUUAAGGAGGCUGGUUUGAAUUAGGGGACAUUGAAAAAGAAAUUUUAUAGUUUAUAGGCAUUUGUAGGAACCAACUAACCAAAGUGUGUGUUGCCUAGUGGAAGUCCUAUAAUACCUACUUUAGUUAACUGAAUAAUUUGUUCUGCAUUGGACUCAACGUGUUUCCAAUGUGAUAGGUACUCAAAAACUAUUUUUAAGAAGAAUCCACUAUAGUUGUUUACCCUCUUUAUGCACUCCAGCAUCUUAAUGCAGCCGGGGAGUACACAUUACCAGCAUCGGUAGGACUGACACCUCGAUAUCUCUCUAUUUAGGCCACCCACAGAUCACUGCACCUUUCUAGUUUCAUCUCUCCUGCAGCUAUUACUGGGCUGGGCCUGCUUUCUUAUUGUCCCUUUUACUUUAUGUUUAGCUAAGACAGAACUGAAGAUUGCUAGGGGACUUUAGAUAUCAUAGCUUGUUAUAUCAGUAAUCUCAAUGUUACUUAGUAGACUUGGAGAAUGGCUUUAUUCUUUCCUCCACCAAAUGAAGUGCACAGGCUUUUGUAGGACCAGUUUUCCAUGUUGCUCAGAAUCGUAGCAGUUGAGACUAUCAGGUAUUACCAUAUCUUAUUUAUACUAUUGCAAACCAUAUUGUCUUGGCCAUGUGAAGUUCUAAAUUUUAGAGAUCUAAACAUAGAAAAGAAUACAAUGGUAAGGAAAACAGAGUAGGAUGUUUUUCUUAACUGCACACAGGUCAUCAACAUUUUUAGUCUUUCUCAUUUUAAAAAGCAUUCAUCAUUUUAAACCUUUUUAAAAAGCAAUUUAUUAAUUUUGCACAUGUCCCUAGCUAGCAGAUUUCACAUACAUCAUGUGUCCUUUGUUUUAACCAUAUUGACACUAGAAGCCAUGUUCAGCUGCUUACUAAAAGUGAUACCAGUCAGGAAUAAAUUCUUAAAAUUUUCACGCAGGCAUUUGUUUCAGAAAACGUAUUCAAAGCAUUUGCUUUUUGAUUUUUUUUUUUAAUGAAAUGCAGAAUACCCAUUUUUGGCUCCCAGAAGUGUUACUUACGUGCCCGUAACAAUUUAAUUUUACAUGUUAAUAUUCUAGUUUAAUAUUACAAACAUCUAUAGCAUCUCAUCAGAAAGGUAAUCAUUUUUUCCAAGAAGUACACAGGAUUUUAUAUUAAGAUUUUUUUAACGCAGCAAGCAUAUAACAAAUGAAUUAAUGACAGGAUGCCUGCAGUUUAGGAUAGAUUUGUGAACACCGAUGUAUGUAAAGUCGUCCUCUCUGGGGACUAGGCCUGUUCGUGGCGAUUGGUGAAUAUGCUCCCAAGGUGGGAGUUGUCCUCUGAGUUGUGAUCUGAUUCUGAAGAGAAACAAGUGUCUCAGGUGAUAGACCGUACUCUGAGAGUAGAAUUAAUGCUGCUCGCACUCCUGACUGCUUUUAAUCAAUCCAAAAAUGAGUUCUUUUUUAAAAUUUUUAAAUAAAAUUUCAUCUUUGCAUUCUUUCAUUACAGAUACCCGUUUGGGGAUGAAAUCUACUUUGACAGCUGGCAAGGCAACAUGCUACUGCUGUUGAGUGAUGACAGCAAUUCAGGGAAGACUGUAUUAAAAGCAAAUUGACCUUAUCAAGGCCAGUUGAUUACCAGAAAAGAGAUAAGGCUUAUAUAUUGACUAGCCAAUAUUUGUCAUUAAAAUUAAGGCUUAUAGUGAGAAGCUUUCAGGAAAAUGAGAAAGCAGUUAAAACAGGGAUAGACAGCUAUUAAAAGCAGUUUUUAAAUGGAAUGGAUAAUGUUGAAUGUUUACAGGGUCUAAGAACCACUGUAUAUACAAAAUAAACUUAUUUUUACAUUAUUGUGA